UAGAGACGCACACAUGUUACGUGUUGUGUUUCCGCCUCCUCGAUACCGGACACGCGUUUCCGCCGAAUGCUGUUGAAUUAAGUGGUAAGCCCCCCAUGCAGGAAGGCGGGGAGUGUAGUGCCAGGCAGGUUACCUGAAGCACCUGUCUGAGAGGGGGUGGUGUGUUCGCGCACCUAUUCGCGACUGACCCUGUCUGCCUGAGGACGGAAACGCAACACGGCAAGGAUGAAGAGGCUCCCCAUACUCGCGCUGCUCCUGUGGGUGUGCGCAGUGUUCUACGUGGGGAUCUUCCUGUUCGUGGGUGGCUUCCUCCUGGUGCGGCUGGAGGUGAACCGGAGCAGCUCCUGCGAUGACCUCCUGACCCCGGGGGACGAGGGGGCGCAGGACUUCUGUCGAGGGGAGCCCCGGUUCCGGAGGGCCGUGGUCCUGAUCAUCGACGCCCUGAAGAUCGACUUCGCCCGCUUCGACGCCCGCAACUCCGCGCCCAAGCCCUAUGAGAACAAGCUGCCCGUGCUGGAGGAAGUGAUGUCGUCGCUGCCGGCCCACUCCAGGCUGUACACCUUCAGAGCCGACCCCCCGACCACCACCAUGCAGCGCAUCAAAGGCUUCACCACCGGCUCCCUGCCCACCUUCAUCGACGUGGGUAACAACUUCGCCUCCAGUGCCAUCCUGGAGGACAAUCUGGUGCACCAGCUGGGCCAAGCCGGCAAGCGCGUGGUGUUCAUGGGGGACGACACCUGGGAGAGCCUCUUCCCCAAGAAGUUCCACCGCUCUCUGCCCUUCCCUUCCUUCAAUGUCAAAGACUUGCACACUGUGGACGACGGGAUCCUGCAGCACCUGUACCCCACCAUGGAGGGCAGUGACUGGGAUGUGAUAAUUGCUCACUUCCUGGGUGUGGAUCACUGCGGACACCGUUUUGGGCCAGAUCAUCCUGCAAUGGCUGACAAGCUCACCCAAAUGGACGAGGUCAUCAGGUCUGUGAUUGGUCGCCUGGAGAACGACACGCUGCUGGUGGUCAUGGGGGAUCACGGGAUGACGGACACCGGCGAUCACGGGGGCGAGAGCCUGAAGGAGACGGACGCCGCCCUCUUCCUCUACAGCCCCGCCCCCACCUUCCCCGCCCCUGGAGCGCAGGCGGAGCCCGAGGUGGUGCCCCAGACGGACCUGGUGCCCACGCUGGCCCUGCUGCUGGGCAUCCCCGUCCCCUACAGCAACAUCGGCCAGGUCCUCCUGCCCCUCUUCCCCCCGGACCCGUUUCCGAGUGCAGGUGCACCGUCCCAUCUCAGCCAGGCGGAGGCGCUGUGGAUUAACGCCAAGCAGGUGAGCCGUUUCCUGGAGACCUACACCCAGAUGGCCAAAGACAUUCCGCCGGAGGUCCUGUCCGUCCUGCGGGGGGACUUCUCCCGGAUCUCCUCGGAGUACCGGAGCUCCGCCCGCAGAGGAGCCCCGCCCUCCCCGGAGCUGGUCGCCGCCCUGCAGGGCUACCUGACGGCCGUGCGGGACACCUGCCGCGCCUCCUGGGCUCGCUUCCACCCCGCCAAGAUGGCCGCCGGGCUCGCCGUCCUGGCGGCGGCCUGCGCGCUCUGCCUCGCCGUCUCCGAGCUGGGGGAGGUGGGGUCCCUACGGGGCCCGCUGGCGACGGGGGCGGGGCUGGCGGUGGGCGUGGCCGCGGCGCAGCUGGCCACCGGGGGUCACGCGGACGCCUCCUGGUGCCUGGCCGCGUUCGCCCUGUCCUCCCAGCUUCUGUUCCUGCGGAGGGCGUGGCACGCCGCCCGGAGGGGCGGGCCCAAGGGCGGGGCCGGCCGGAGGGCGCUCCUCCCCCAGAUGUCGGCCGCCCUCCUCGUGCUGCUCCUCCGCUGCGCCUCCCUGCUGUCGGACAGCUACGUGAUCGCCGAGGGGCGGGUGGCCACCUUCCUGCUCUUCUCCCUGGGCGUCUACGUCCCGCUGCGCCUCAACUGGGACGGGCUGCUGCUCCCCCCCGUGGGGCCCGACCCCCAGAAGCCCCUGGGGCUGCACCCGUCGCCCACGCUGUCGGCCUCGGCGGUGCGGCGGGAGAGCGGGACGCUCCUGGCCUGCGUGGCGGUGCUGGCGGGCUCGCUCUUCCUCUCGCUCUCCUUCCACGGCUGCCGGGACGAGCAGGGCUCCUGCGAGCCGUCGGCCUUCCUGGCGCCGCUGUCCCGGCUGAGGGACAGCCGCCUGCGCAACCUGCACUACCUCCUGUCCGUGGCCUCGCUGGCCGCCUGGACCUACGCCCUGCGCCGCUGGCUCCGUCACUACGGCAACCUCAACCGGGCGGGCCCCGCGGCGGUGGCCGCGCGCUGGCUCCUCCCCUCGGCGGCCGUGUGCCUGGCUCUGCACUGGGCCGUGGGCUCCACGCCGGAGGAGAGCUUCCGCGGCCUGGCCCAGCUCAUCGGCCUGGCCCUGCUGGCCCUCCCCCGGGCCGCCUUCGCCCUGCUGGGCCUGGGCGCGGCCCUGCUCUGGCUGGACCCGCUGACGGUGUUCCUGAAGACGCGGCAGCCGGCCCCCCCGCUGGCGGCGCCCGCCGUGCCGCCCCGCUACCGGGCCAGCACGGGCAUCAGCCCGCAGGCGGAGCUGCACCACCUGAUCCCGCAGCUGUACCAGCGCAUGCGCCGCUCCCUGGCGGACGGCGAGCCGGCGGGGGCCCCCGAUGGUGACGGCAGGCCCGCCGUGGAGGCCUACGGGCUGGGCACGGUCUACUCGGCCCCCCUGCUGCUCCACUGGGGCCUGCUGGGGCUGGGGCUGCUCCUGCUGCACCCCGAGGGCAUGGCGCUCUCCUUCCUGCUCCUGCUGCUGGAGGCCGCCGCCCUGCUGCAGCUGCACGCCUCCUCCACCUCCCUGGCCCUCCUGCAGGGGGCGCACGCGGGCGGGUUCGCCGUGCCCUGGACCCCGGUUGUGCUGUGGGCGCUGGCCGCCCUCCAGUUCUUCCACGCCACGGGACACCUGCCCACCUUCCCCUCCAUCCAGUGGGGGGCGGCCUUCGUGGGGUUCCCCCAGGGCCACACCGGCACCGUCCUGCCCGCCACGCUGGUCACCCUCAACACCUUCGCCUCUCACAUCCUCUUCGCAGUGGGCUGUCCUCUGCUGCUGUUCUGGCCUCUGGUGUGUGAGGUGCGGGGGGGCCGGCGGGGACGAGGCUCGGGGGCAGGGCCAGGCGAGGGGGAGGAGGGAGAGGACGCUGUCAUGGAGAUGAGGUUGAGAGAGAAGCCCCAGCAGUUCUCCUCCGCCCUGCUGCAGCUGGCCGCUCGAUAUCUCUUCAUCCACGGAGCGCAGGUUCUGGCAUCUGCCUUUGGCGCAGCCAUACUGAGGAGACAUCUAAUGGUGUGGAAGGUCUUUGCACCCAAGCUGAUGUUUGAGGCCUCCGGCUUCCUGGUGACCAGCGCGUUCCUGCUCCUGGGCCUGGCGCUGGUGAUGCGGGUGGACGUGGCGGUCAGCCGCUGGUUUAAGAGGCUCCUCCCCGAGCAGUCCAGGUAGCGCCGCUCCCGUGUCCCACAAUGCACCGCUCCCACGCCCCACAAUGCACCGCUCCGGCUGGACGCGCGACUCCCGAGGGGCCGAAUGAGACGGCGUACCGCGCAGUGGUCCUACUCCCGCCUCCGUAAGCCGUAGGUCAUCCGUGUGACUUUUGCCCAGGCGGGUACUUUGCCGUUCUCUUCCAGGCUUGCUCUGGAUUUUGCGGGGUGGAUGGGAUGUGGGGCGGGCGGGGGGAGGGGCACACGGUACUAACCUGACUCACCGGGACGUGCUAGACCUCAGUGCUUAUGAACAGGGGGGUUAUGCUGUAUUCACUGCUGGAAAGAAAGGGGAGGGGAAACUGCCUGGACGUGCGUAAUACUCUAAGGGCUCCAGAAGCAUUGUGACCGCAGGGCCCUGUAGGUCCGAAGAGCGAGAGCCCCAGCGUCUCAGACUCUCAGCCCGCUUUCACCACACACUGCUCCAGCAGGCCCAACCCACCGGACCAAUGACGCGCGCGGCUCGUUUCCCCGGCAACGGGCUGUUCAAGGGGGAAUCCGCAAGAGCUGCAUACUGGGGCAGUGAGGUGACUACUGUGAAAACUACCUUAGAUCAGUGAACAAAUCUGA